ACGAACUUAGACGAAUCGAACAUCGUUUCCGUCUCUGAAAAUUGAUUUGACUCCGAUAUUUGAAUCUCCAGAGUUAUAUUUCCGUUGUUGGAUUCAUCAAUUUCGAAUCUUACCCACAUGAAUUGAUCCGCAAAUCUCGUGUUUCUUCGACGAUUCUCUUGCUAUCAGUGGACUGAGAAGAGAGAAAAUUGUAGGUGGAGAAAUCCGGAGACGUUGCAUAAGAAGCGAUGAUAACAAGGUCGAAUCUAGCAGAGCAGCUGAGGGAAUACCAGAUUCGAUCAAAGCAUGAUUGGGCAUCUGUCUCUUUCUUCUCGUCGACCUCGAGUUUUUCUUCUUCUAGGGUGGAUGUUGUAGUCUUUGUCAUCUGGGAGCUAGUCAUCUUAGCGUUUUUAGUGUUUUCAGCGGUUUCCUUGUACUUCAAGCGAUUGCAACUCGCGUUCAUCUUGGUGUGUGUCACUUUGCUACUACUUGUGUGCAUGAAGGUCACAAAGCAAGUGAGAUUAGCCAGGAAGAAGAAGCGAAGGAUGCUUCUUCCACUAUCUAUGUAAAGACCCAAACCAUAUGAGAAGUUGGAGCUUUUUUUCUCUUA